GCUUGUGUUUCCGCGGCCCCGAUUUAUACACUGCGCGAUGGCGGAGGGAGGCGGAACUGAACCGGGCAGCGGGGCCGAGCCCGACUCCGAACCGGUACCAGCUUCCGAUAUCCAAAAACAAACCAUGGGAGCCUUGCUUAAAACGCAGCUCCGCAAGGGCGACAAAUGGUUUCUGAUUGAUAGUCGUUGGUUUAAGCAAUGGAAGAAGUAUGUGGGCUUCGACAGCUGGGACAUGUACAAUGUGGGGGAGCAGACAUUGUAUCCUGGGCCCAUUGAUAAUUCGGGGCUAUUUUCAGAACCCGAGAAGCAGACUCUGAAAGAACACCUAAUAGAUGAGCUAGACUAUGUUCUGGUGCCUACUGAGGCCUGGCACAAGCUCAUGAGCUGGUAUGGCUGUGUGGAAGGACAGCGACCCAUUGUCAGAAAGGUAGUAGAGCACGGGAUGUUUGUAAAACACUGUAAAGUGGAAGUCUAUCUUCUGGAGCUCAAUCUCUGUGAGAACGACAACAUGGAUGACUUGGUGAAACGACAUUUCAGCAAGGCUGAUACCAUAGACACAAUUGAAAAGGAUAUGAGGGCAUUGUUCAAUAUCUCUGCUGACAAAGAAAUCCGUCUCUGGAACAAGUAUAUGAGCAACACUUAUGAACAACUGAACAAGCCGGACAGCACUGUGCAGGACGCUGGGCUCUUUCAGGGACAGGUGCUUGUGAUAGAAAAAAAGAAUGAAGAUGGCACAUGGCCUAGGCAAACAAGCUACACAAAAUCCAGCACAGCCACCUCCAGGAAUUUAACUACCUCCUCGAAGCUUCCGUCCAACUCCACUGCCACCAUCUCCUCUACCAUAACCAAUGGAGACAGUAAUAACUCCAGCUACACGCUGAACAAUAGCACCAGCUCCAGUAACAGGUUGGGUGGAUACAGUUCCUAUGGCUCAUCAUACAGCUACCGAGAACCCCAGACACAGCCUGGCCUCUGCGGGCUCAGCAACCUGGGCAACACCUGCUUCAUGAACUCUGCUUUGCAGUGCCUGAGUAAUGCAGCCCCCCUGACAGAAUAUUUUCUCCAGGAUGAGUAUGAGGCAGAGAUAAACCGGGAAAACCCCCUGGGGAUGCGAGGCGAGAUCGCUGAAGCUUAUGCAGACCUGGUCAAGCAGAUGUGGUCUGGGCGCUGCAGCUAUGUAGCACCCAGGACAUUCAAGACCCAGGUGGGCCGCUUUGCACCCCAGUUUUCAGGAUACCAGCAGCAGGACUCCCAGGAGCUGCUGGCCUUUCUGCUGGACGGGCUUCAUGAGGACCUCAACCGUGUCAAAAAGAAGCCAUACUUGGCACUGAAGGAUGCUGAGGGAAGGCCAGAUGAGAUAGUGGCGAAGGAAGCCUGGACAAAUCACCGGCUUCGUAACGACUCCAUCAUUGUGGACACAGUUCACGGACUCUUCAAGUCCACUCUAGUGUGUCCCGAGUGCUCCAUGGUCUCAGUCACCUUUGACCCUUUCUGCUACCUCACACUGCCACUGCCCAUGAAGAAGGAGCGCACCAUGGAGGUGUUCCUGGUGCGCGCAGACCCCCAGUCCAGGCCCAUGCAGUACAGGGUAGUGGUCCCCAAGCUGGGCACUGUGGCUGAUCUAUGCACCACUCUGUCGAAACUGUCUGGCGUGCUAGCUGACAACAUGGUGGUAGCAGAUGUGUACAAUCACCGGUUCCAUAAAAUCUACCGCCGUGACGAGGGACUGAAUCACAUCAUGGACAGAGACGAUAUCUUUUUGUAUGAGGUGGAAGAGCUGGAAGGGGAGAAAGUCAGCCUGCCUAUAUACUUUAGGGAGAGGCGUAUGAAGCACACAGGCUCCUCCACAGGCACUGUCCUAUUUGGGCAACCCCUUCUUAUCUCGUUCCCCAAGCAGAACCUCACUGUGGACUUGCUGUACGAAAGGGUGCUGGAGAGAAUUGGCCGCUAUGUGAAAAGGCCGCAGGUCACAGGCUGUGAGGGGAAAGCCACCGCAGCAGCUGGCAGUAGCAGUGCAAGUGGACGGAGCAGCACUAGCAGUAGCAGCAGCAGCCCCACUAGCCAGGCUGCAGAGUCAGCAGGGUGCCCCAGCCAGGCAGCAGAGCUGGGAGUGUGUGGUUGUGAACAAGCAGAGGCACCAUCAUGCAGUGGGGGACCCACAGAGACAGCCAGCAGCAGCAGCAGCAGCAGCCAACCAUCCCAGACAGGGACCAGCAAUGGGCCGAACGGGAUGUGUGAAGGAGAAGAUGAGGAGAUGGAACAUCAGGAGGUAGCGAGGCCAAACCAAGAUAUCCUCAUAGAACCUGAUAACGACCAAUCAGAGGGCUCUGUAAGGGGAGAGGAUUGCGAGGACCCAGAAAAUGAGUCUAUCGCUGGUGUCCAAAAAACUUCAGCCAAGUCGGCUAACUGUCUGGCAAAGCUGUUCACUUUCAGUAUGGUGAACUCGUACGGCACAGCCGACAUCAGCUCACUUGCCAGCGAUAACACAGUCCUCAAACUCAACGCACAAUCCACAGUUGCAAUUGACUGGGAUUCUGAAUCUAAGAAGCUAUACUAUGAUGACCAGGAGGCAGAGGCCUAUGAGAAACAUGACAGCAUGUUGCAGCACCAGAAGAAGAAGGCGACAGUAGCUCUAAGAGACUGUAUCGAGCUCUUUACCACCAUGGAGACGCUAGGAGAACAUGACCCCUGGUAUUGCCCAACCUGCAAGAAGCACCAACAGGCCACAAAAAAAUUUGAUCUGUGGUCCCUUCCACGCAUUCUGGUCGUCCAUCUGAAACGUUUCUCUUAUAACCGCUGCUGGAGAGACAAGCUGGAUACAGUGGUAGACUUCCCAGUCAGGGACCUGAACAUGUCUGAGUUUGUCUGUGACCCAAAGGCAGGGCCCUACAUAUAUGACCUCAUCGCUGUUUCCAACCACUAUGGGGGGAUGGGUGGUGGGCAUUACACCGCCUAUGCCAAAAACAAGGCUGAUGAGAAAUGGUAUUACUUUGAUGACAGUAGUGUCUCUUCUGCCUCAGAGGAUCAGAUUGUGACAAAGGCAGCAUACGUGCUGUUUUACCAGCGUCGGGAUAACAAGUCAAGCCAGAGCAUGCCUUCCUCAGCCUCUGUGGGCAAAGCUCCAGAGGAGGGGGAAGACAGAAUGGACACCAACUGAAGGGGCCAGGGACAUGAACUGCUGCAAAGACAAACACCCUCACAUACAUACAUACUGUACUGAGUCAACACACAUGUAAUACAGGUUACCCAGAUGUAGAAAUGACUGCAUCUACCUGUGUUUAACUAUCUAUAAAUGUAGAUAUGCACAUAUUUAUUUCUAAAAAAUUCUAAGAUAAACUCAUUUUUAAACUGUUGUACAAUUUAUAUAUCACAUAUUCAGAGCCACACUGCCAAUCCCAUGUCAGUCUUGCUCUGUGGAUGUGGUUUUACAUUUAAAAAAAAAAAAACAUUAAACAUGCGCGCACACACAGGACAGUUGCUUGAGCACCUGGUCGCUGCAGGAAUGUGGAGGCAGAUUCAUCAUGUGAAGGAUGUGAUUUCAAAGCGCUUCCAUUUGGUUUUGGGGCUGUGUUGAAGUGAAUCAGUCUGGGAUGGCUGCAGCUGGUGUGUAGGAGAGGCCCCUACCAGCAAUGCAUUACCCCUGAAGGUUCCCGCUCCAAUUUUGGCACCUCCGAGCACUUGAAUGCCUGCAGUGGCAGGUCCUAAAAAGAACACCACCAUUUCAUUGUGUUGCCUGGAAGUCUAUAACUAGAGAUGCUUGUAUUGCAGUUCCUUGGGCUCUGAAAUCUCUUCAAAACAAAAUGUGCUACUCGAUCUAUCUACCACAGAAGCACCAGCUGCCUUUUAACAAGAACUUUUAAGUACAGGAACAAUGCUGUAAUAAUCAAAUCACAUUUUUUAGGAUUUUCUUUUUGUUUUUUUUGGGGGUUGAUAACCAGUUUAUUCGGUGUAAAAAUAAAAAUGAUAUGUAAUAGGUAUCCAACUGUAAUCCAAAGCAGUGCCAUUACCGUAUGGUGGACACUUGCCCAGCCUAUCCCUAGGCUAUGUGGUCAGUUACAGAGAUGGCCAGUAACACUUCCAGUAUUGAAAACCAUCACACUUUGGUUUCUGAAUGUCCUGUGGUUAUCUACCAACUAGGCGUGGCAAGGAUUUUAAACCAAUGUUUUAGACUGUCCCUUUCCUGUUCAGCACUGCACUUGAUUAUCUGUUCUGGAUAUUGGGGGAGAAACUUAAUUGUGUGUGUGUGUGUUUUUUUUUUUUUUUUUUUUUAAAAAGCAUGAGAACAAUCCAUUUUUGUUGAAAAUUAAAAAAAAAAAAAAAAAAAAAAAAAAACCUGUAGUAGGCUGUUGACAGCAUUUCACUGAGUCAGAAGGGUAUGGAAAUGCAUGAGGAUAUGUGCACAUUAUUACAACACAUUGAAGAUAGCUGUGUUUGUCUAUGAGCUGCACAGUACACAAAAAACAAGUGUUGUCUUUUACUAUAAAAGUAAAUAGAUAUCCACCUAUCUAAGUUAAUUUUGUGUGUGUGUAUGUAGGUAGAAAUGGUUGGUGCACAUCCUUUUGUGUUCAGAAACAAGCGUUUCCAACUGAAGAGAUGUACUAUCAGUAAACUGUCUAACAGAAAGCUACUCUGGGGCUUUUGAAGACACUUAAAAUGUAAAAAUGCAUUCAUUAGGGGUCAGGGAGAUCAAGGCAUCUUUGGGACACUGAUAGCUGCUGUCCUUCCAAGAUAUUUUUGGCUGUCUCUUAGUUAGACGUGUUUAUGUCCUGGAAAAGUCUUGAUUUGUGGUAGUUCUUAACAGCUGCCCUUGUGAUGCUUUAAAUCCCACUUCCUAAUAACUCAAUGUUUCGAGAAACAAAGGUGGUAAAGCCUUUACUAUGCAAUAAUUAGGCCUACCAACUUCAGAGAUGCAGUAACAUGUUACCUUUUUGAUUAAAAACAGUGUAGAACUCAAAGGCGACUUGUUUGUUUGUUUGCUUAGACCUUACCGUGUAGGGUCUGUACUAGAAGUUUAGAUCUCACACCUGUAAAGGCGGUUGUAUAAUAUGUAUGAUUGUCUUGUGGACCAUGCUUAUAUAGAGUGGAAAACUGACGGCCCUACUUUUAAGACUAGUAUCUUGAAGUGUGCCUCUUAACAUGGGAACUGCCAUCUUGAUUAGCAACCACAUGCCAGGGUUCAAUCCAAAGUAUUAUCCCAGUGUAGUGGUGCCUUCUGUUACGUUGACAGCAUCUAGUUAAUAGUGGUUAUCAAAAGGUGGGUUUUGAUUAAAACCUUUCCAUCCACAAAAUAGAAUCACUUUUUUAUUUAUUUUUUUUAUCCCACACCAAGAAACAGGUCAUCAGAACUCUUUGGCUAUGACAUCCAACAGAUUCUGCUGUACUUUUGAAGACUGACCUGUUUGUUUCUGCAGUCUCAUUGCAUGAGGAACCUAUUGAGUAUCUUAAGGUUUAAGCUUUACGUAAUUAAAAAAAAAAGAAAGUGUGGCACUUGUUUAUUUGUAAUGUUGUUUUUGGGCUAUUAUUAAGAGGUGAGGGUUGUUUUGUCGUCUAUGAUUAAAAAAAAGCAGGGGUCCAGGA